AUGGAUGGCGCCACUGGGCACGACGGAGGGGCGCGCAUCCUUGAGCUGGAUGGCACAACUCUGACGUUUGAGCAAUUCCGCGAGCGUUGCCUCAAACCGAACCUUCCCGCCAUCAUUCGCCGUGCCGUUCCCGAAUCUGAGACAGGUGCGACGGAUGGGUUUUGUUCCUCGCUGGAGCGUAUGCGGUCGCGGCUUGCACCCAAGAGCCUGAUUGGCGCGUAUGGGGAGGACCAUCGCGUCCCGACAGCGGAGACCAUGACUGAAUUGCCCUCCGAUGUUGACCAAGAUGAGUACAUGGUUUGCCGCGCAAGGUCGUUGGGCGAGGUAGUGGAGUGUUGGCGCCAGAAUAAGAGAGUGGUGUAUUUGAAGGAUUGGCAUAUGCAGCUGGACAGUGAGACGCAUGCGACGACUGCCACCACGCCGCAAUUUGGGGAGAAGCCAGGGUUGGGUAAGGAGCAUCGUUUUUUGCACGGCGAUGGCCUUUAUCAGGCUCCCGCGUACCUGGGUGACGAUUGGAUGGAUGACUUCUGCCGCUGCUCCAGAGGUGACAAGGUGCACUAUCACCACUUUGGCGGCACUGAGAGCGAUUAUCGUUUUGCCUACAUUGGACCGCCAUCCAGCUGGACUCCCUUACACUUUGACGUGUUUGGGACAUAUUCCUGGUCACUGAAUGUGUGUGGGGAAAAGCUGUGGUACUUUCCGUCGCCAGAGGGCAACCAGCGUCUCCUGGAAAACAGCCUCUAUGGCUUGGUGUUGCCCGUUGACAUUCGCACCACCACAGGUGCCGAGCUGUGGGCGGUGCUGCAGCGUCCAGGGGAUCUUGUCUUUGUGCCAAGUGGAUACCUGCAUCAGGUCCAUAAUGUGAGUGGCCCGCGCUUUCCAUUACCCCCUAAAAACGUCAUGCAGACUGAAACUUCAGUGGGCUUCGAAAACCCCGAGAGGCUAAAUAGUGCUGACGCUGACAGUGUUGCCUUGGUGAUUUCUGUCAACCACAACUGGUGUAGUGAGUGGUGUGUGGAGCGGAUGGUGGAGGCCUUUUGUCGCGACGCCGGUCGCAUACAACGACUCCUGACGGAGGAGGACCGUAUUCUGCUUUUUGGCGGCGACCUCCGCGCGUGGCACGACCAUGUAGAACGCUUGUUGGUAGGAGGCACCAAUUGGAAUUUUGCCUGCAUUCGUAGCUUCCUCAAGCACAGGCUUGCCUGCCUCCGCACGCAGGAUGAUGGAAUUGGUGCCCACGAGCGUCUGCAGUGCAUCCUUGAAGAAUGUCUUGGCGCGGUUGAUGCCCUCGAGUUACGCGUCACUCACACCUUUGGAGAGUGA